AUGGGUGACCUGAACUUCGUGUUGCAUGAUCAUGAAAAAUUCAGUCAACAUCAUAUUGAUUCUUAUGAAGCUAACAUCUUUCUGGAGAAAUUGGAAGCAUCUAAUCUUACUGAUGUGGGCUAUAUUAAAUGUCCUUUCGCAUGGACUAAUAGAAGAGUGGGUCAUCAUCUUACAGAACAAAGAUUAGACAGAGGGAUAGCCAAUGAAAGAUGGCUUGAAACUCACCCAAAUUCCACCAUCUCCAACCUUCCUGCCAUUGGCUCUGAUCAUAACUCCAUCCUUCUCAAUACCAAUCCUAACUGGAAACAGGGACAUAUUCCUUUCAAAUUCUUUGGUCCCUGGCUAGACCACCAAGAUUGUAAAGAAAUCAUUGCAAAAUGUUGGAAGACUCGGCACAAAGGUUCUCUUGCUAUCAAGAUUGCUAGGAAGUUAAGAGAUAUUAAAGUAAAAUUAAAGAAAUGGAACAAGGAAAUAUAUGACAACAUUAAGAAAAAUCUAGAAGAAAGUUUUCAACACUUGGAAUGGAUCACCAAAAAUCAAUUUAACAACAAUAGGGGUCAGGCUAUCAGAGAUGCUAAGAAGAAAGUUGAACAUUGGCAGAAUAUUCAAGAAAGUUUGUGGAAGACUAAAAGCAGGUACCAUCUCAUCAAACUUGGAGAUAAAACACCAGCUACUAUCUGCCAAGAAAAGAUACAUAAGGAAUAA